AUGGAUUCUGACCCCUCUUCCAAAGGUCUGCAGCCCAUCCUGGGUACCGGUCUGAGUGUCCCUUUCCCGAAAGUCCGCCCCGCCGCCAAUGGAAACGGCACCCCCGCCGUGGCGCCCGAUCAUGCCCUCCCCCGGAGACACCGUACCUCCAUCAGCAUGAGACCCGCGUCCCGUUCCCAUCGCCAUACCGUGUCCAUGAGCAGCCAAACCUCCAGCACCUUCAACGAACCCCUCACCCGCGAGGACCGAGAGAAGAAUGGCGAGGAUGAUAUCCAGUACAACCUGUUCAGUCAGGUCUACGAAUGGCUCCAACGCGAAAAAUAUAAGCAGAAGUCCCGUGGCGCUGCACAGACCGAUGGCCCGGGAAGCGAUGGAGAUGACGACGACGAGGAUACCCCCGCGGCACCGUCCAGGGAGCCGCCGUCGCAUGACGCCGCCCCACCGUUGGCUCUGGAAAAUUUAGAAAAGAUCCUCCUGCAGUAUGCGACCCACGGAAUGCCGCCGGCUCGUCGCCCGGGCCGUCGACGCAAGGGACUCCGCCGGGGCUCCGUCUCGGAUUCCGACUGCACGGAUGUCGAAGCGGCUCCCCCCGCGGUCGAUGCGGUGCUCGAUAAUUCCAAGACCCUGGCGUAUACCGGUGGUGGCGCCGAGGAAGAGGACGGCGAGGAUGGUGAGCUGUCGCGGAAAGCUUCGGACCGGGAGGCCUGGAUGGUCUUCAAGAGCGAGAUCCUUCGUAUUACGCAGACGCUCCGGCUCCGGGGAUGGCGCAAGCUUCCCGCGGACCUGGCCGGCGACAUCGAAGUGGUCCGACUCAGCGGCGCCUUGACCAAUGCUGUCUACGUCGUCAAUCCCCCACAGAACAUUCCCCCGCCCAAAGCGGAGGAUGGCUCCUAUACCCUGGUGCCUGCCAAGCGUCCCGCCAAACUUCUUCUCCGGAUCUAUGGGCCCCAGGUGGACCACCUGAUCGACCGCGAGAAAGAACUGCAGAUCCUGCGACGCCUCGGACGGAAGAACAUCGGACCCAAGGUGCUGGGCACCUUCAAGAACGGUCGUUUCGAGGAGUACUUCGAAGCACGGACGUUGACCCCGCCCGAUCUGCGCGACCCCGCGACCAUGGUGCAGAUCGCGAAGCGCAUGCGAGAGCUGCACGAGGGUGUCGAAUUACUGGAGGACGAGCGAGAAGGCGGCCCGAUGGUGUUCAAGAACUGGGACAAGUGGGUGGACCGCUGCGAACAAGUCAUCAACUGGCUGGACAAAGAGAUCCGAUCCCGUCACAACGAGGCGAAAUCGGCGUCGGAGCCCUGGCGCCGACGGGGCUUUGUCUGCGGGGUCCCGUGGACAACCUUCCGCAAAGCCGUCGAUAAUUACCGACAGUGGCUGGUUACCAGUUGCGGGGGAGGCACCGAGAUCGAGCAGAAUCUCGUUUUCGCUCAUAAUGAUACCCAAUACGGCAAUCUACUUCGCUUGGAGCCCGCCUCAGAGUCGCCUCUGCUCCGCCCCGAGAAUGAACACAAGCAGCUGGUCGUCAUCGACUUUGAAUAUGCGUCGGCGAACACGCCAGGCUUUGAGUUCGCCAACCAUUUCUCUGAAUGGUGUUACAACUACCACGACCCGGAGAGAUCCUGGGCGUGCAACACCAAAGCCUUCCCCACCCCGGAGCAGCAGCGUCGCUUCAUCACGGCGUACUUGACUCAUCGUCCCGGAAUGAAAGGACCGUCAUCCUCUCCUUCAAUCACUCCUCUCAUGCGCGGCAUGGCGUCCGCGCACAUGUCGACCCUCGCCCCAUUGGAUCUGGACACGCCGGACGCCGAUCCGCAGGCGGCAGCCGAUACAGUGCGCGCGCACGAAGACAGCAUGGAAACCAAGAUCCAAAGCCUGAUGCACCAGACGCGACUCUGGCGCGUGUUCAACUCCGCGCAGUGGGUGGCCUGGGGCAUCGUGCAGGCCAAGGUCGACGGCAUGGAAGAGGGCAUCGCAGCGGACGCAGUAUCCAGCGGGCUGAGCUCGCCUACGGAAUCUCCCGCCAAUCGAAACCACUCCCGCACCCCGUCCGUCGACUCCACCGCAGCCGACGACGAAGAAGACGAGUUCGACUACCUGGCCUACUCCCAGGAUAGGGCGAUGUUCUUCUGGGCCGACCUGCUCGAGAUGAACCUCAUCCGGGAGGACGAGCUGCCCGCAGAGACAGUCGAGAAAGCCAAAGCGCGAAUGACUGGUUAUUGA